CUGGACCAUGAUAUAUUAGCUUGCACAUCCUGACACACUCACAAAUCAGGUUGGCAUCAUGUUGAGUACAGGACAAGUCUUCCUUUUCCUUGGGCUGCUGAUUGCUAUCUGCCUUGAGGUCCUUGGCUCACCGGUAAAGAUAUCAAAUGGGAAACCAGGACUAUGUCCCAAGGAGAGAAAUGUUAUACGCUUUGAACCAUGGAGAUGUAUUGAAUAUUGCAAGGACGACUCACAAUGCGAAGGAAAUAAAAAGUGUUGCUCUGAUAACUGCAACAAAUUCUGCAAACCUCCAGCGCAAGAAAGGCCAGGUGUCUGCCCCAACAACCAACCUAUAACCUACACACCAUGCACGGAUAACUGCACUUCGGACAGUGAGUGUGCAACAGGAUCCAAAUGCUGCUUUCAAAAUUGUGGUCGUACCUGUCUACCAACAGCGAAUAAUAAAACAGGAUUCUGUUUUCAAGAAAAGCCUCUCACGUGUUACAUUAAAGAGAGACAUCUUUGUGAUACCGACUCCUCGUGUUCUGCUGAUGAAAAAUGUUGUAAUGUUUUGUGCCGAACCGAGUGCCGGAAACCUUUGCCAGAGAAACCUGGAAAAUGCCCUUCAAUGGUACCUACCUGUCCAGAAGGAGGAGCCCAGAAUGCAAUAUGUGAAAGUGAUUACAACUGCCCCCCUGACACCAAGUGCUGUGCUGCUUCGUGUGGAAAGAGAUGUGUCUAUGCUGUGCAAGUUCCCACUUACCUAUACAUUUUGAAUUCUACUGGAAACACUCGUCCUUAACAACUGAUUCAGAACUCAUCCCUUUCAUACAAGUUUUCGUGUGUUUGUCAGUAUUCAUAUGUGCAUGUCUCAAGUGUGUAUUAAUUAUUGUCCUUUCAAAACAAUGUGUUCUGAAAUAAAAUUUAAAAAAUACAAA